AACUCAAAAUCUCAACUAAAGCUUCCAAUUGGCUAUGCUCUUGAAGUGCCGUGUCAAAUUCAAUAAUUCUAGUUCUUUCGUGUUCUAAGGGAAUUAUAUUUUAAAAAUACAUUUCUAUUAUAUUUAGUUUAACUUCAGCCAUGUAUUCUAUAAAAUUAGGAUAGAAUGAAUGAACGGAUAUAAGGUUCUUUCCUAGGACGAGAAAACAAUCGCCCAGAAAGAAGAUCGAACAGCUGAGCCAUGGCCGACAAAGCCUCCGUUUCAUUGCCACUGCAAGAGAGAAUUCCUGCAAAAAACAAAUUAAAAAGGCUCUCCGAACUCCUCAUACUGUCUCUUCUCCUCUCUCUCCUCUCUUACCGACUCUCCUCCCUCUCAUCAAACCGAAGCUUGGUCUGUCUCCUAGCCUUGUUCUGCGAAGCCUGGUUCACUUUCGUCUGGCUUCUCAACGUCAACGUCAAAUGGAGUCCGGCGAUCUACAAAACAAACCCCGAUCAUCUCCUCAACAAAUUUAAUAUUGAUGAGCUUCCAGCCAUAGACAUAUUCGUUACAACAGCUGACUCUGAGCUAGAGCCACCGAUCAUCACAGUGAACACAGUACUUUCGUUGCUGGCCGUUGAUUACCCAGCAAACCGUCUAGCCUGUUAUGUAUCGGACGACGGCGGUUCGCCGAAGACUUACUUCUCACUCAUACAGGCUUCAAAGUUCGCAAACCGUUGGAUUCCUUUCUGCAGAAAAUACAACGUCAAAGUUCGUGCUCCAUUCAUGUAUUUCUCUCAGGAGCCUGACCAGUCAUUAAAUGGCCUAUCUUUGGAUUUCCUGAGAGAUUGGAAGGAGAUUAAGAACGAGUAUGAAGAGCUUAGACAAACGAUAGAAGACAUGGGGAAAAGUCAUUUGCCACCUCUCCAAGGAGAUGAUUUUGUUGAGUUCUCUAACAUUGAGAGAGGAAACCAUCAAAGCAUUGUGAAGGUAUUAUGGGAGAACAAAGACGGCAAAGAUGGUAUCCCUCAUUUGAUAUAUGUAUCUAGAGAAAAGAGGCCAAAACAUCCACAUCACUUCAAAGCUGGAGCCUUGAACGUUUUGACAAGAGUCUCAGCAUUGAUGACGAUUGCUCCAUUUUUUCUAAAUGUGGAUUGUGACAUGUUCGCUAAUAAUCACCAAGUAAUACUCCAUGGAAUCUGCCUUCUACUCGGCUUUGAUGAAGAGAGGUCCUGUGGCUAUGCUCAAACCCCUCAAAUGUUUUAUGGAGUCUUAAGAAUGAUCCCUUGGAAUCAGUUGGAGGUCUUCCAAAAGUUUAUGGCAGAAGGGAUCGCUGGGAUUCAGGUCCUUAUAAUGGAGGAAGUGGAUCCUUUCACAGGAGAAAAGUUAUUUAUGUCUUUAAGAAGAAAUAAGAAAUUCGUGCGAAAUGAAGCCUUAAUUAUCUUUUUUUUUUUUCCUUAUAUUUUAUUUUUUAAACAUAAUGUGCAGUUGGGCCUCUUCCAAAGAGUUAAGAAGUAUAUUGGAAACUCUAAUGAGCUUAUCGGCUCAACUAAUGAGAUAAUUAAGAAAAGAAGCCAAGGGAGGAUUUCGUUUCAUCAACGAACUUUCAAGCAGGACAGAAAUAGCCAAGCAAGUAGCGUCAAUCCACCUUUUGAGCUAAUACAAGGCUGGGGUAAAGAGAUAGGCUGUCUGUAUGGUUCCAUGACUGAAGACGUUUUAACUGGGCUUCGUAUCCAAUCUAUGGGCUGGAAGUCGACCUUUUUUAAUCCCAGCCCACCCGCAUUUCUUGGAUGUGCGCCAACAGGCGGACCCGCAUCCCUUAUGCAGUACAAGAGGUGGGCAACGGGCCUUCUUGAAGUUCUCUUCGACAAGGACCACAGCCCAGUUGUGGGGACUCUCACCAAGCAACUACACUUCCGCCAGUGUCUUUGUUAUAUAAAGAUCAGUAUUUGGGCUCUCCAAUCCGUCCCAGAAUUGCUUUACUCUCUUCUACCUUCUUGCUGUCUAAUCACUGGAACCUCAUUUCUGCCCAAGGUAUCGGAGGGACAGUUUCUGCUGGCAGCAAUGUUGUUCGCCGGAUACAAUCUAUACAGCCUUGAAGAAUACAAGCAGUGCGGCAAGUCUUGGCGUGAAUGGUGGAACAACCAACGCAUGCAACGCAUAACCGCCAUAACCGCCUUCCUCUUCGGCUUCCUCUCCGUCGUCUUCAAACUCCUCGGCCUCUCCGAGACCAUCUUCGAGGUCACCAGAAAGGACCAGGUACACAUGCCCGCCCAUGCCGAGCCGGGCCGGUUCACCUUCGACGGGUCACCCAUGUUUAUCACCGGGACGAUGCUAGUGCUCGUGCAGAUUACUGCGAUAGGGGUGGCGUUGGUAAGCUGGGCGGGUGGAGCGGUCGGGCCGGAGACGAAUGGUCCGGGGGUGGCGGAGAUGGUGUGUAGUGGGUGGGUUUUGAUCACCUUCUGGCCGUUUGUGAGGGGACUAUUUGGAAAGGGAAGUUACGGUAUUCCAUGGUCAGUGGUGAUCAAAGCAGGAGUAUUGGCGGUUUUGUUCCUGCAGCUUUGUAAGUCUUGAACCCAAUUGGGCGGAUCUACUUCUUCUGCAUUUUAAUUUGGAUCCUGAUAAAAUUUGAAGUUCUGUUGCUUUCAAGUUGCAACUUAAAUUUUAUAAAUAACCUGUUAUUGAUUGUAUUUAA